CUUGCCCUGUGCGAAGGCACAUAUUUGACAGCUCCCGGGCGAGAGUGGGCUCGCACUCCAGCUCAGCGUUCAGCUCGGCACACACACGUCCUCCUUGCCUCUCUCCAACCAGUUUACCCCCCUGUGACAUUCAGAGCAGCCGCCUGAACAAUAACCAGCCAUGGAUGCCAUUAAGAAGAAGAUGCAGAUGCUCAAGCUCGACAAGGAGAAUGCCUUGGACAGAGCAGAGCAGGCCGAGGGAGACAAGAAGGCAGCAGAGGACAGGAGCAAGCAGCUGGAGGACGACCUGGUCGCGCUGCAGAAGAAACUGAAGGCAACUGAGGACGAGUUGGACAAGUACUCUGAGGCUCUGAAGGAUGCUCAGGAGAAGCUGGAGCUGGCCGAGAAGAAAGCCACCGAUGCUGAGGGUGAUGUGGCCUCCCUGAAUAGACGUAUCCAGCUGGUUGAGGAGGAGUUGGAUCGUGCCCAGGAGCGUCUGGCCACUGCCCUGCAGAAGCUGGAGGAGGCUGAGAAGGCUGCUGAUGAGAGUGAGAGAGGCAUGAAGGUCAUUGAGAACAGGGCCCUCAAGGAUGAGGAGAAGAUGGAGCUGCAGGAGAUCCAGCUGAAGGAGGCCAAGCACAUUGCUGAGGAGGCUGACCGCAAAUAUGAGGAGGUAGCACGUAAGCUGGUGAUUGUUGAGGGUGAGUUGGAGCGCACAGAGGAGCGUGCUGAGCUUAAUGAGGGUAAGUGCUCUGAGCUGGAGGAGGAGCUGAAGACAGUGACCAACCUCCUGAAGUCUCUGGAGGCCCAGGCUGAGAAGUACUCUAUAAAGGAGGACAAAUAUGAGGAGGAGAUCAAGGUCCUGACAGAUAAGCUGAAGGAGGCUGAGACUCGUGCUGAGUUUGCUGAGAGAUCAGUUGCCAAGCUUGAGAAGACUAUUGAUGAUCUUGAGGAUGAGUUGUAUGCUCAGAAACUCAAGUACAAAGCCAUCAGUGAGGAGCUGGACCACGCCCUCAACGACAUGACCUCCAUAUAAAUUCUUUUCAUCUCAUCUGUGGCCCCUGGCGCUGGCUGAGUGGCACCUGCUCGUCACCAUUUAUGUCCCUUUCCUACUUUCUGGCACCGCUGCUUUCCUCCAUCACACCUUCCUCAGUGGGGAUGGAGCACCAGCUCUAAUGUCCCAUCUGUUGUACAGAACUUUGAGUUAUUUUGCUUUCUGUAAAAUAAUAAAAAAAACUUUCUUCCAUCUGUGUAA